GAACCGCGUAUGGUAACAGAGAAAGAUAACAGCUAUCAGGGCAAACGUUGGAAUGAUUUUAUCAGUCAACACGGUGGCUACAAGCAAAAUGCUUGCAGGUGUGAUUCUGCUGCUAUGCGUGGCGGCGAGCUCCGCCUUCCACGCAGCUGUCAGAGAUUCAAAGACUGUCAAGGUGACAGUGUUCUACGAAGCGAUGGAUCCCGUUUUCAAGGAUUUCAUCAACAACCAGUUCUCACCUCACUGGGAACAGAUUGAAGAAGGUAUCGAGAUUGAGCUCGUCCCCUUCGGAAAAACUAACGUAUCAGUGGAGCAAGAGCCAGAACCUCAUCUGGAGUUCGUCUGCACUCGAGGAGAAGAAGAAUGCAUCGCCAACAAACUGCACGCCUGUGUGAUCAAGAAGAUGCACGCGCACAAGCUGAAAAUGGUCAAGGUGAUCAAGUGUCUGAUCAACAAGAAAGAUCAAAUGGACGGACUACCAGACUGCCUGGACGAGAUCCACAUCAGGCCAGACGCUCACAAGUUCAUUGAUUGCGUCAACUCCCCAGACACCGAUUAUUUGGUCGUCAACCACGGAAUCAGAACACAGAAGAUGUUCCCCAAGAAGCUUGAUUCCCUACCUAAGAUAGUGUUUAAUGAUACACCUAAAAAGAAAGAUCGUGGCGAAGGCCUGAACGAGUUCUUAAAAACAGUCUGUGGAUUUCAAAUGGACUUGUGUGAAGAAAAAAAUAUAAGAAGAGAGAUCACGCUGCAGCUGUAAGCAAAUUCACGUUGACCGUUUGUCACUACAUUCAAGAGUUGUGUAGGAAGAAAAUUAAAGUAUUGCUGAACUAAUCAAAUUUCAUUUCACAACCAAUCUUUGAGAAGUCCAUCAUAGUAUUUAACUCACCAAAAUGUAGAUUUACGUCUGGACGUUGUGGAGGAAAAUAAAAAGCUAAAAAACUUAAA